AUUAGACUAUAUCCAUUCCAAACAAUAUCCAAUAUCCAAUAUCCAAUAUCCAGCUAGUAUUAGUAGCUUAAUAACAUCCUCAAAAUAUUUGCGUCUUUUUUAUAACCCGAGUCUAUAUAAAAUGUCUUCCAAGUUGUUUGCUGUCGUCGCUGGUGCUGGCCCAGGCACAGGAAGAGCUUGUGCUAUCCGUUUCUCCAAGGCCUACCCCGUGGUGCUUUUGACUCGUACACCCGAGUCGUACCAGGACACCGUGGCCGAGAUUAACAAGGCUGGUGGCAAAGCGAUCGGUAUCAGUGCCGAUACUUCGGAUGUCAAGUCGGUGGAUUCGGCCUUCGAGAAGAUUGCCAAGGAGCUACCAGGCUUCAAGCUUGCUGCGGCUGUUUACAAUGUUGGCGCUGGAUUCCAGAGGAAGCCAUUCCUUGAACUGAGCGUCGAAGACUUCGAUGUCGCUGUCGGUGGUAAUGCUCGCGGCCUCUUCAACUUUGCUCAGAAGACUCUUCCACUACUCUUGGACGCCGUACCAGAGUCAGAGCACCCACCUACCCUACUCAUCACAGGUGCUACGGCUUCUAUCAGGGGUUCAUAUCUGUUCUCAACAAUGGCUGCUAGCAUGUUUGCUCGGCGAGCUCUUGGCCAGUCCCUAGCACGCGAAUUUGGACCCAAGGGAGUACAUGUAGCACAUGCUAUUGUCGACGGAGUUAUCGAUAUACCUCGCACGAGUCACUAUAGCCCUAACAAUGGCGCCGAGGAUGGCAAGAUCAGGGCUGAUGCGAUCGCCGAGAGUUACUGGAACUUACACACCCAGCACCGUUCUGCGUUCACGCAGGAGAUAGACAUACGGCCCUAUGUUGAGAAGUUCUGAGCUUCUUUCUCCUAUCAUUAUCGAAGUGAGAGAUCAAGAUCGUAUUUACUUCUUCCGAGACAGCUGGGACUUCCAAACACAAGUGUU